AAGGACAUUGAAAAUUUUUAUGAGAGAGAUAAAUCUCUAUCAAUUAGAGCAGCUCCUUAAUGAUACUUAACAUUUCAAAAGGUUUCAAGUUUGGUGCCGACUCCAUAACAGGUAACAAGCAGACACUAACAUGGCAUCGAAUUUUGGAGGCGUUUAAGUUUGGGUAUGCUUAUCGUCCGUUCAUUGGUGAUCCAGAAUUUUAUUCUAAUAUUGACAAAUCAGAGGAUGUUCAAAUAAAUACAACAUAUGCUGAAGAUUUGCGUAAAAAUAUAUGGAACAAUGAAACACAUGAUAGUUUUUACUAUGAAAGCUUUUACUCCACCAGAAAAGACUCUGGGACUACACAUGUAUCAGUAAUUUUGUCAACUGGAGAUGCUGUGUCUGUCACUAGCACAGUUGGUUAUUUUUUUGGUGCAAAGAUUCGAUCCUAUACAACAGGGAUAGUCUACAACAAUCACAUGAGUUCAUUUUCGUUACCAAACACAUCAAAAAUUUAUCAACCAAAAGCGUCGAAAGCCAAGUUCAUUCAGCCUGGGAAACGCUCUGUAUCAACAGCUUGUCCAACUAUAGUUGUUGAUUCAAAAGGUGACGUGAAAAUGGUUCUUGGUGGUUCUGGUGGAUUGAGAAUAAUAACUGGUGUGGCU